AUGUCCGAGGUGGAGCAGUCGCCGGCAGUGGCGACGAGAGGCGAGGCGGAGGAGGGCAGGGAUUUGACUGCGGGCGUGCCGGCUGAGGACGAGGAGGGCGGUGUUGACAGCGCCAGCCAGCUGCUCGAGAGCGAUCUAGGGGGCAGCCUCUCAGACGGGCUGUCAGCAGUCGGCGCAAUGGAUGCUCCUGGCGGCGCGCACAAUCCGGCGGCCGUUUCGCUGGCCGACGCCAGAUUCGACACGGGCCGCAGGAUGGUUCCCGAGUCCACUAUGGGCGGCGAGACUACUUGCAUCGUGUGCUUCACCAACCCGAAGACCCAUCUCGCUGUUCCAUGUAGCCAUCAGUGCGCCUGCCGCGCGUGCUCCGCGAGGAUGGAGCGGUGCCCCUACUGUCGUGCGCAAGUGGAGCGAUGGCUCGAGGUGCGCAUGGUGUAA